AUGGCCAAGAAAGGAGGCGAGAAUUCCAAGAAGGCGGCGGGUAACGCCAAAAAAGCCGAAGCCGCCAACAAGAAAAAGCAGGCUGCUUUUGAAGCUGCCGAGGCCGAAGAGGCCUCCAAGUGGGACGAAGGUUCCAAGAAGGGCAACAAGAAGAAGGAGGAUGCCCAGUUCAAAAAGGAAGAAGCUGCUCGUAAGAAGGCUGAACGUGAUGCCCUUUUGGCUGCUGAAGAAUCAGCUCUUCCUGCCAAGGGCCAGAAGGACAAGCAGAGAGGUGCUGCUAAAGUUGCAGCCAGAAGAACAGGCAAGAUCGACGAUUUCCUUGAUUUCAACAGCGACAAGCCCGAGCUCAGUGCUUCUGGCAUCGACAGUGCCUUGGAGGCGUUGUCAUUGACCGGAAGGGACGGCGGUGUGGCUGCUAAGGAUAUCGAAAGACACCCUGAGAGAAGAGUCAAGGCAGCUUAUGCCGCUUACGAGGAGCGCCGUUUGCCUGAGGUGAAGAAAGAGAACCCAGGGUUGCGUCAGCAGCAGAUGAAGCAUUUGAUCUUCAAGGAGUUCCAGAAGUCGCCUGAGAACCCUAUGAACCAGGCCAACCAGGUGUCGUACAAUGCUACUGAGGACGACGUGAAGGCCAAGAGGCAGGAGUUGAAGGCGUCGAAGGAGAAGAAGUUUGCCUAG